CAUUGUUUCAUUGGUGAACAAUGAUUUCUGAUGAAGAUACAACUUUUAAAUCAAUAAGUCUGCUGUGGUCAGUUUAAGAAAGUGCUGCCUCCAAUUUUUACACACAUACAAAAUGAGGCCACUUUAGUCACGUGUGGCUUUAAGUCAAACAGUGCAAUGACGCUUACCAAAGUCCAACUCUAAAUUUACUGGACGACUGUUGAAAAUGUUGGUACAGGAAGGUGUCGAGCUGGAAACACCUCCUCCAGGACUGGAGAGAGAGUUUCACACUCUAUUCAGCUCUGAAGCCCUGCAAUUUCUGUGUGAACUCAUCUCUACCUUCCAACCAGAGGUUGACAAGGUCCUAAAGCUGAGAGUUCUUCGAAAAGUUCAGUUGGAUCUGACUGGAGAGCUGCCAGGAUUUCUGAAGGACACAGCUCACCUCCGAAAUGAUCCCAAUUGGAGAGUCAGCCCUGUUCCACCCAGAUUACGCUGCAGACAUGUGGACAUUGGUGACCUUUCACCCUGUGACACACAACGCUUUAUACAGGGACUCAAAUCCACUGCCCAAGGGUUACAGGUUGAUUUUGAUGAUGGCAACUGUCCUACAUAUCGCAAUCAAAUAAAGGGCAUAUAUAAUGUUUAUCUGGCUGUUCACAACCAGUAUCAGGAUGUACUGCCCAUUUCUCAAGCACCAGUGCUGAUGUUACGCCCACGAGCAUGGAACAUGGUGGAACACAACAUGAUGGUGAAUGGUCGAGAGGUUCCAGGUUCGUUGUUUGACUUUGGUCUGCUGAUGUUUCAUAAUGCAAAACUACUUCUUCAAAACCAGAGUGGUCCUUUUUUCUACUUGUCCAAGGUUGAGAGCUACAUGGAGGCCAGACUGUGGAGUCAGAUUUUUUUCUGGACUGAAAAAAAGCUUGGCCUGCCAGAAGGCUCUAUAAAGGCAACUGUGUUGAUCGAGUGUGUCCUAGCAUCAUUUGAGAUGGAGGAGAUUUUGUAUGAACUCAAGGAGCACUCUGCUGGUUUAAACUGUGGCAUUUGGGAUUACUCGGCUUCCUUUGUUAACAAAUUUGGUCAUCGGACCGAUUUCCUCCUCCCUGACCGCAGUAAGUAUGUGGAUAUGGAGAAGCGUUUCCUGCACAGCUACAUGGAUCUGCUUGUGCAGACUUGUCACCGCAGGGGUGCUCUAGCAACAGGUGGCAUGGCAGCGUUGAUGUUGCCAAGAGACAAAGACUGUGUCCUUUACAAGACAGUACUCCGUACUGUCACCAGACUUAAGUUACUGGAAAUCCAAGCAGGAGUUGAUGGGUUCAUGGUCUACGACAUGGAUCUAAUUGAUCCCAUGCAAAAACUGUUUCAGCUUCACUCUCACGGUCAGAACCAACUCCUGCAGCUGCGUGAUGACAUCACAGUGACCCCUGAGGACUUGCUCACCAUGCCUGCGGGUGGAGUAACAUUGUAUGGACUGAGGUAUAACAUUGCAGUAGGAGUCCUCUUCAUAGAAGCCUGGCUUUCAGGCAGAGGGCAUUUCUUCUAUCUGGGGAAGGUGGAAGAUUCAGCUACAGCAGAGAUUUCCAGGUCUCAGGUCUGGCAGUGGAUCCGGCACCAGGUGAGACUGGAGGAUAAUGGGAUACUAGUGACAAGAGCUCUAGUCAGCAGUUUGGCAGAAGAUCUGAUGGGGGAAAUGAAGACAGCCAUAGUUUCCCAAACAAGCAGAGAUGAACAGAGGUUGAUGACUGCUGUGUCCAUGUUUCUAGAAAUAGUGCAAAAGAAUGAUUUCCCUGAGUUCCUCACUACCUACCUUAACCUGGACCACACAUUCCUUAGCUCUCAGAGCCUACAUGACAAGGGACAGAUGGACGGGCCACCCAAAGCCAGGCUCUAACACAACAUACAACAUCAUAUUAAAGUCUAAAAUGAGUAUUAUUUGUGACAUAAUAAUAGCACCAUUAAUACAAAUCUGAGAUCCAGUUAUCAUGAAAACAUUUGCGAAAUCCCAUAUGGAGACAUUACCAUUAGCUCUAAAAUAUUACA